GGCCCCGGAGCGGUUUUGGGAGCGCUGAGGAGCUGGGUCUUGGGGGUGUGGGUCCUGCCCGAAGGCAGAAUCGGCGCCUGGGUGGUGCUCAGGCUGCCCUCGGGCGGGGGCUAACCUCGUUCUGUCGGGCCUGAGGGUGCGGUGCCCGCCGUGAGGCGCGCAUGGAGGGGCGCGGUGUGGGGGUGUCACGGCUGGCACCGUGAGGCGGCUGGUGCUGGCCCUCGGAGCAGCGCCUGGGUUGUGGCAGCCGCCUGUCCUGGGCCGAGCGUGCUCACCAGCCCCCUUUCUGGUGUAUUUAUCAUCCCCCAAGCCCUUGGGGUGGGGAAGCAGCGGGGCUGUUGGCAGCUGCCAGGGCACGCGUCUCCAGGAGGUUGUGCCUGAGGAACACGAGGCGUCUUCCAUCGAUACCCACCACACAGUGCUCGAGGACUCGCCUGGUGUCCCAGCCACCAGCGGGACACCCGCAGGUCAUGUAAGCGUUUCAGUGAUACGCAAGAGACGAAGCAGUCAUGUCAGCUCUUUGUCCGCCGCCAUCUCCCGCAGUGGCCAAAACAGAGAUUGCUUUGAAUGGCGAGUCACCAUUAUUAGCUGCCACUUUUGCUUACUGGGACAACAUUCUUGGCCCUCGAGUGCGGCAUAUCUGGGCCCCUAAGACAGACCAGGUACUUCUCAGUGAUGGUGAAAUAACCUUCCUUGCUAACCACACCCUGAACGGAGAAAUACUUCGAAAUGCGGAAAGCGGUGCAAUAGAUGUGAAGUUCUUUGUCUUGGCAGAAAAAAGGGUUAUAAUUGUUUCUUUAAUCUUUGAUGGAAACUGGAAUGGAGACAGAAGCACAUACGGACUGUCAAUCAUACUUCCACAAAGUGAACUUGGCUUCUACCUACCUCUUCACAGAGUGUGCGUGGAUAGGUUAACACAUAUUAUAAGGAAAGGAAGAAUAUGGAUGCAUAAGGAGAGGCAAGAACAUUUCCAGAAGAUUGUCUUGGAAGGCACGGAGAGAAUGGAGGAUCAGGGCCAGAGCAUCAUUCCAAUGCUGACAGGAGAAGUCAUUCCUGUAAUGGAGCUCCUUUCAUCUAUGAAAUCACACAGUGUUCCAGAAGAAAUAGAUAUAAGUGAGACGGUGCUAAAUGAUGAUGACAUUGGGGAUAGUUGCCAUGAAGGAUUUCUUCUCAAUGCAAUUAGUUCACAUCUGCAGACCUGUGGUUGUUCUGUAGUUGUAGGAAGCAGUGCAGAAAAAGUUAAUAAGAUUGUGAGAACAUUGUGUCUGUUUCUUACACCAUCAGAGCGGAAAUGUUCCAGACUCUGUAGAAAUGAGUCUUCUUUCAAAUAUGAGUCAGGGCUUUUUGUUCAAGGCUUACUCAAAGAUGCAACAGGAAGCUUUGUGUUGCCCUUCCGUCAAGUAAUGUAUGCUCCAUAUCCCACAACACAUAUAGAUGUAGAUGUCAAUACAGUGAAGCAGAUGCCCCCAUGUCAUGAACACAUCUACAACCAACGUCGGUACAUGAGGUCCGAGCUGACAGCAUUUUGGAGAGCUAAUUCAGAUGAAGAAAUGUCUCAAGAUCCUAUUAUCCACACAGAUGAGAGUUUCACACCUGAUUUAAAUGUCUUUCAAGAUAUCCUGCAUCGAGAUACAUUAGUAAAAGCCUUUCUGGAUCAGAUCUUUCAUCUAAAACCUGGCUUGUCUCUGAGGAGUACAUUCCUUGCACAAUUUCUACUAGUCCUUCACAGAAAAGCCUUAACUUUAAUAAAAUACAUAGAGGAUGACACGCAAAAAGGAAAAAAACCUUUUAAGUCUCUUCGUAGCUUAAAGAUUGAUCUUGACUUAACAGCAGAGGGCGAUCUUAACAUAAUAAUGGCUUUGGCUGAGAAGAUUAAACCGGGUCUACACUCCUUCAUCUUUGGGAGGCCGUUCUACACUAGUGUGCAGGAACGUGAUAUGCUAAUGACAUUUUAAAGCUCUUCACUGCUAAUGUGUAAUAUCGCUGCCUUGCAUGGCACUAAAAGAAAUCUCUCAGUGUGAACUUGUGACACUCGUUGACCUGAUUUAGAAUGGAUCAGUAGGAAUCAAGUAACACUACAAUCUGUCUGAAGCAGGAGGGGGAUGUAUCAGAGGGAAUAUCAGCAUAGCAAGGAAAGCAUGAUUAUAAUGAAUCCAUCUCUUCUUUGUGCUUUUUUUUAACCGUAAAAAUAAACGUUACCAGACGUUCCUUUGCCAUAUGGGCUCAGUAGGUAAAUUUGAACGUGUUGUGUAUGACAAAGGGAGGCACUUUUAUCUUCUUUCCCCUCAGAUUUCCUUCAAGUGUGUGUCUGUUUUUCCCUUUUCUGCUGUGUCAGUAAAGAAAACAAUGAGUAUGUCCUCUCUAAUCAGGGAGGUCAGGGGAUAGGAGCUUUUCCAGAGUUUCAAGGAGUUUUUAAAUGUAUUUGUUCUUAUGUAUAUGGUACAAUUCUGAAAUAUGCCUUCCUUUAUCUCCCUUUUAUACACUACUGGCUCCAUUUGCAGCAUUUAAAGAUGUGGGGAUUUUUUGUUUGUGUUUUUUGUUUGUUUUUAAAUAUACUACACAGUGUUCUUGCGGGCGAACUGUUGGCUAAUAGCAGCAUAAAUAGCAGCACUCUGCACAUGGGAACUGGGUCAUUAUUUAAGCUGCUUCAUGCAUGUAAAUGCCAACCAGGAUACUAUGUCACAGAUUGUUGGCCAUCCUGCGGUUAAGUAUUCAGUGAUCCAGCAUAAUUGAGCUCUUUCAAAACACAAAGCAGGAAACCUGUAUCAUUCAGCAGCAGUUGUGUUUGUGUCUAAAUUGCUUCUGCGUUGUCUAUUGUCAGUUAGAAUAAGGUUCAGAUUAAAGUAUUAGACCUUUCCAAAGAACACAAAGCGUAUAGCCAAACUAAAAGAUAAAAAUAAUUCUUUUUACUUUGCCAUUAAUGUAUUUACUAAUCCUUAAUUCAGAGAGCAGCACAGUUAUGAACUAAUAUGAUUCACUUUUUACUAAGUGAAUUUAAGUCAAUAAUAGUGCCAAUCUUUUUAGUUCAUAGUUAGUGCAUGUUCAACUUUGCUUUACUUGAAAAGAAAAAAACAGGGAGGUCCAAAAGCUCAUCUGUUUGUGUGCCUCAACCGUUCUUUCUCAGUAACAUGAAGAGAGGUGCAAUGUCAAGUUAACCAGACCUAUUGUUUUUUGAUGGUUCUGGCACAUUUGGUGUGUUAUAUCGAAAUCAGUGAUACAUCUGCAUUGCAUGAUGUGUAUUUAUCUUUUUGGACAGAGGCAGGAAUAGAUUUGUUUCAUGUUUCAGUGUAACCUCAUAACUCUAUAUUCCUUGUAAAGGAGAUACACUUGUGAUUUGAGAAGCUGCUGUUUCUUGUUGCUUAAACUGUUCAUAGCAGUCCUUCAUGAAGAGGUUUCUGUUUUCAAAAUAGCUUUUUGGCAUCUUCUUCAUGCAUAAGAGUUAACGACUGAGACCCAAAACUUCCUGAGAUGUCCAAUACUCAGUUCUUAAAGGGAAUGUCUUUUUUUUUUUUCCACAUGUCCAGAAUUCCUUUAUAUUUCCUGAAAAAGAAAAGUUUACAAUUAAAUAUUUAAAUCUUCUGAAACAGGUGGAACUUGGCCCCUACUGCAUGCCAUUUAUUAUGAAUAAAAAUCAGCUGUGUUACUGGAUGAUUAUAUUGUGUAGCCCUUACACAAUGUAAUGUAGUCCUGUAGCCUCUUUUUUGUGCUUUACAUGUAUGUUGGAUUCCUGCAAUGUGAGGUCAGCACUUCAUCCAAAGAACUUGUCAGGCAUACAGUGACAUAAGUUACUUAUGCUGAAAUUAUUUUUGUUUUACUGACAUUAUCCUUUCAUUUUGUGUUUUUAGUCAAUUUAUCCAUCAGAAAAGAGCCCGUUACUAAGUUUUACUCUCAUGUCUAAGAUUGUAGGAAAAAAAGUGUAAUAAACACUUCUCAAACUUCUAAUGUAGAAGUUGUGUUUGAGGUCUAAACAGCUUUAAAUGUGCAGCUGAAAUCACUUCAUAGGCAUUGCAGACUUAACACUGACACUACUAACAGUAAAGCUCUGUUUGUUUACGUAAUGUGCUGUCACUUUGAGAUGACUAAAAGCUGGAAACUUAAUUGCUACCUUUGUUGCACAACUGUCACAAGUGCAGAAUGUAUAGUGAAGUAAGUUAUUAAAUGCAUCUGCAUGUUGUGUUGUAAAUCUUGCUCAGGAAAAAAGUGUUCUAAUAAAAGUCAUGCAAUUUUUUUUAAUUUUAAUUUCUGCUGUUUUUUAAUAGAAUUUCUAUAUAUUACGGGAUCGUGAUCCUUUCUCCUUUGAAAUAAAGAAGAAAUGUUCUUCCUUCUUGUUACAUUAAAAAUGUGUGUAUUUGGGGAUGGUGAGUCUUAGAAUGUCACUGGUGGACAAUCAUGUUACUAACUCUGUGUCUGACACUCUGUUAUUCAUUUCAAAAUGGCGAUUUUCUAAAGGUCUCCCAACUUUGUUCUUUUAUUUCUGUCGAAGACUCCUUCAGAGACCUAGCAAGUCAUUUUGGAAAUGAUGUGCUUAAAUAAGAAUCUAGCCUCUACUACUGAGAAUUUAUAAGUGUUUUUAGAAGUUCACUUCUUUCUAGCCAUCAGCGAAAACCUUUCUUCAGGGUUCUGAUUCCUUACAGCCUAAGGAAUAUAGUAACUGUGUUUCUUCCAGUUGGAUUUGGAAAGGAAUAGUGCUAUAGCACAUUUUUAGCAGCAUGUUUUCUCUGAUCCUGAUUCCUGGUGUUUGCAAACUUACAAAGUUAGCACAGGAGGACUUCAUCUGAUGCUUAUCUGGAAUGUCUGUUUCCUCAGGACUGCAGAGGACUUCUCCAAUCUGUAUAAACAUGUCACCAAGAGAAAUGAAAGUGGUCCAAAAUAGGAGGGCUAUCUCAUACAAACAUGUUGCUUACUCCUAAUGUGUAAUCGGAGUUGGUUCAUCAGAAUGUACUUUGUCCUUUCCUCAACAAUAAAGAGAAAGAAAAUUAAAACAAA